AUGGCUAUCUACUCGUCAGUGCCGCCCCCUCCGGAGCUUCAGGGCGAUGCGACCGAACAUAACCCAGAGCAGCAGCAGCAAACACCAACGCCUACUGCUGUCGCACCCUCUGGUCAGAUUGACAUCGAGGCCUGGACCAUUACAGCUCUGCAAUCACUCAGCGUCUCGCCCCCAGUCACCGGCACGACCCCUCUGUCGAUCCCACUCGACCAAAAUGUGCAGAACACCCCUCGAAAGGCUACCGUGAGGGUGCAAGAGCCCACACAAGAUGUGAUCACACCGCCGCGCCGUCCGCCCUCUCGUCGCGAUAGUAUGAAGCGGCGAGAGGCUCUGUUGAAGGGCAAGGAGGGUAGCCGGCAGCGGCGGCGCUGGGAAAAUGAUCGCUUGAUGGACAACCCUCAUGUUCAGCCCCCCGAGCCGAUCGACUUCCAGCCACAUCCGACACACCCUGUGCAAUACGUCCCAUAUCAGAUUGCUUCCGCUUGGGACAACCGCCUCCGUGCUGAUGCCGAGGCCAAGACAGCUGCGGCUGCGCGCCGGAAGCAGAGGCAGACCCAGACACUCGGCGACGAAAAUGUACCCGGUCGUGUCCCGAGAGAGCUCUUCCUUCGAGCCAAGAAGACACCGGCUGUCAAGAUUUGGGUUCGCUCUCUUGAAGAGCCGGUCCGGAAGUUCCUGGUUGAUCGCGAAGUGGCCAAGGAGGCCGAAUCAGAUAGUGAAGAUACCGAAGAUGAGGAAAUCGUCUUUGUUGGUCGCAAUGGCUCCAUGCGAGAUGGAUGGAAGAAGGCUAGACGAGAGGGCCACAAGGACGAAGUCGGCAUGUUGCUAGAUGAUCCGGGAUACGACGAUGAAAGCGGUGCCUUUAAGCGUUGGCUCACUCAUUCCAUCUCGGAUUACUAUGGACUAGACUCUCGCUCCGUGAUGAUGGGAAACCCAGCCCGCAAGGUUGUCUACGUUGGUGUCAAGCAGGUACAAUCGGCUCAUGCGUCUACGCCAAAGUCCACGCUACCUCGGCCGCUAUGGGAGCUCUGCUAG